CCUCCUCUUCAAGUUCCGGCGCAUCCGCAGCGCCCUCCGCGCACCAUGCCUAUGUCGGCUCCCUCCCCGUACGCAACACCAGUCCCCAACCCGCCGCUCGACGCUUACCCAAACCCGCCCAGCGCAGGCGCCACAGGCGCCAAGCCGAGGAGGGGCCGCAACAGAAGACUCGUGGCCAACAAUGCUGCCUCCGGUGAGGAGAGGGACGGACCUGCAAGACCCUGAUGUGGAAGACAGUGUGUUCCCCAUGUGGAUGUGUUCUGUAGGGCGGGCUUCACUGUCGUCCUCUGCCAGCCGACCUCCUCCCGCCGCCGCCAGCCCCGAUGCGCUGCAGCCGUCCGACACGGUGACCGCCCAUUCGGCGACGCAGUCGUCAUGGAGUCCGACCGACAUGGCGCCGUCGCCGCCACCGCACAGGAACCUUCCUUCGGCGGUGAGCGGGGGGCUGCCCAUCCCCAUGCCGACUGGGGCCAAGAUGUGGCAGUCGGCCGCUGUCAUGGAGGACAAUGGGGAGGAUGAUGCGCACAGUGAGAUAGACGCAGACGGCCGGUGUGCAAGGAAUGAACGGCCUGGUUGUGGCUGUCUCAUAUGUCCGUCGUGCAGUAUCGUUGUCGCCCCGUAAGAUGGGCUUGAGUGUGGGGUUCCCAUCGUCCUCUUCCUCUGCUUCGGCAUGGAUCAGCGAGACGCCCCUGUUUGCUCUUGAAAGGCACCGAAAAGAGAACGAAAGACUGGUAGACACAUAAACAUGGACAGAAAGGAUGUUGCUGUCUCAUAUCGUUUAUUUUCCCUCUGUCCCUCCUCGCUCGUGCAGCGUGAGUUGAAUCGUCAGGAGCGUGAGAUGUUUGCGCUCGAGAUGCGGCAUUUAAAGAACAAGCUCAACAAGUACAGGUCGACCAACGUGCAGCUGCAGAACGAUCUUAAGGCCACACAGACACUACUCAGCGAAUCAAAGAAAGACAAAAGCCUACUACUCCAGGUGGGGACAAACAAGAGGAAACCAUUCCAGCGUCAGGCCGCAGGAGCCUGCUUGUUGUGUCUGUGUGUCUGUCUGUGUAUCAGAAAUACCAGUUGCUUCAGGACCAGAUGUCGAGUUUCAAAGCCCAGGUGGAGCACUCGUACGCCGAGAAGAAGGCUGACCUGGAGAGAGUGCACCACCUUGAAGACUGCCUGGCAAAGCUCAGAGACGACCAUCAGGUGCAGGCCGCCCCGAGCAUUCAUCCAUUGGUGUCUCUCGCCUCUUGUGGUGUUUGUCUGCAGGUUGCCCUGACGGAGAGUCAGGCCAGGAGCGUCAAGGUGGCAACUCUCGAGAAGGAACUCUCCCUGGCGCAGCACCGCAUUGAGAAGAUGAGCUCCUCUACACUCCGUGUCGACAAGAAGCGCGAUGAAGGCGGCAAGACACCCAACCGCCGCCUCUCCAAGACCGGCAGCCGCCUCAGCCUCGCUCGGUCCAUGCACAGUGUUCACGGGCUGCAGCGGCCCGGACAAGUCUCAGGACAGCCCAGAAGGGCCACCGGGCCAAGAGGUGGGUGGGGGACACACACCUAGACGGACAAACAAGAGAGACCAAGGAGCACCCCCCCAAUGUAUGUGUCUCUCCGCUUCCCGUUCGUUUGUACUCAGCCGCCACCAUCGCACCAGGCUUUCCCACCAGCACAGCCAUGUCCAUGACGCAGAUCAGCCCCCUCGCUUUGAACAGCACGCAUCACCCCUCUGAGGCCGGCCUGUUGACCACUCUGCAGGCCCAGCUGCAGAGUGAGACCCUCCCGCUGAUAGAGGCCGAUGGACACACUCAGGGUCGCGACGACGAGAGCGUCAUGGACAGCGAGGCUGAGCUGGAGAGCCUGCAGAUGCUGCAGGAGGCGUACGCCGAGAUCGCUACACUCAGACACCAAAAUGAACACAUCAAAAAGCAAAACGCUGGUGAGCUGGGCGGGUGGGCAGGUGAGGCGAUGGAGCAACGUGAUAUGGAUGGAGUGGUGCUAUGGUUUGGUGUGUGUAGAGUUGCAGGCAGCGUGUUCGGAGAACCUGUUGAUGAAGGAAUUGGAAGACGUCAAGGAGAGGUAAGUUCGUCGGACAGGGAGUGAGCGAGACACAAUGUGCAUGGAUAUGGAUAUGCACCUUGGCCUCUCAGGUACCAGUCUCUGCAGGAGGCCCUUCGCCUCGGCACAGCAGGUGAGGCGGCAACCUCACCUACACCGCUCAGCGACGACCAAAGCAGGAAGCCUGCCAAAGAAAGAGAGGGGUGGGCCGAACCCACAAACACACACCUUGUACUUCCAUUGGCCAUGAGGUGCAUCUCACUUUGUCUUUCGUCCAUCGAUGUAUCAGUCGGCGAUCGACUCAGCUUGCACUCACCGGCCCCCCGCCCACUGCAGCGGACUCCGCGCCACCCGGCCGAUCGUCACACGAGGCACUUUUCUGGAAGUUCCUGCAGGAGCUCUUCAGGGUACCCUACCACCUGCCAUACAGCCCUACCCGCAUGGACAAGCAGAGAGCGGUAAGCAAUGAGCAGCGCAGUGGUGCGUUGGUGGGUAAGGUGCCCCUGUCUGUCUGUCUGUCUGUUGUGUGCUGCAGGUGUAUCGUCGUGUGGUGAAGUCGUUGCGGUCGUCAUUGCGGUCUGACCCGCAGAUGUGGCAGCCGGCAUGGCGGGACCUGCUGCAGGUGCUCGGCAACGAGAAGGGCGUCAGGCUGCUCAGAAGACACCUCGCAAGGUCAGAUAGUGAGCAGCGGGAAGGUCUCAGGAUUUUGGCUCUUGCGUGCAGAUUGCGGCUGGAGAAGCGCCACAUGAGGAUGAGGAUACUCAGAUUGCGCGUCAAGGUCCGCCCGCCGAGCUGACGGAGACUGACGGCCUUCACAUAAUCCACCAACAUGUGCCUUCAUGUAUGGGUGAAUGAAUGCAUAUACAGAUCACUGACGUGGCGUCUCGUUACCGGUCCCACUGCCGGGCUCUCGAGAACCAAGUCAAAGUGAAACAACUGGAGAAAGAGGACCAGGGUAGGCCUCGUCUAGUGCAUGUGCUAUAGUGUGUGUCUGGAUCUUCUGCAUUCAUAACACACAUACAGUCGAUGCUUUGGAGCACAAGCUCAAGGAGAUUGUGACCGACCUCGAGACACGUGCCGGCGCCCACACAGGCCUCGCAACCAUUCACAACUUCUUCAACGAACAGCUCAACGCUAUCGAGGCCACAGUAAGCAAAAACCCACACGCAACCAUCCAUCCAUCUGUGUGCUUUCGUAGGCCGACGCCGAUCGCGACGACCUCUCUCGCAUUAAGGACCUCGGCCGCAACCUGCAGAUCGCCCUGCCUGACGCAAGCACCGCCACUAUCGGCAUCGUCGCGCGGCGGGUGGUCGACGAGACGGUGGACCUACUGCAGGCGCGUAUAGCCGAGAAGCAGGCGAGAGUGGCGCAGAUCAAGGCGGGGCUGCUCAACGUAGAGAAGGACCUGCGAGUGCUGGACAAGAGGGCGAGGGAAGAGUUCCAGAAGAAGCUCAAGGAGUUUGAGGAGGCGCAGGCCAGGAGAGGGGGCGGUGCGGAGGAGGGCGGUGUCGAGGGUGCUGUGAACAUGCCAGCUUUGUCGCCGGUGCAGCGGAUUCCCUAUGUGUCGAUGAUAGAGGGGCCCGACAGCUCUGAGCAGGAUGUGCAGACGGAUGAGGCAGGUCGGUUCGCCAUGAGCUCUGGGUUGGUGGAUGGGCACGUCUGUCACUCUCUGCCUGUCUCUGUAUGUGUGUCAGGGAUCGUGUCUCAGCGUCUGUUGUUCCAGGACGAGAAGAUCUUCAAUGAGACCGUCCCGGCCGAGGUGGUCAUCUAUGCGAUUCGCGAAGAAGUGAGACAGACGCUCCAAUGAUCCACAUACACACACCUCCACCUGCAUCACUGCCUGCGCAUGUCUGCCUUUCUGUCUGUCUGUCUGUCUGCCUGUCAGGACAUAUUGAUCCGUGUGAUGAUGGCUGACCUCGACUGGCCGCUCUUCCUUUACGCCAUAUUCGACUCAAUCACAUUCCCUAAAGGUAGGAAGCUACACACAUCCCUGCCUGAAUGCACGGAGCACGCCAUAACACACAGCACACAGAAGCAUCUCUUCUCGUGCCUUGCCUUUUAGAUAAGAGUUUGGAUGAGUCUGCCAUCUCGGACAGCGCCGCCCUCGAGUCAUCCUCUGCUCAGCGGCUGGCCACUGCAGUGGCCAAACACGAAGAGGCAGAUGAGGACGACAUCACUUCACAAACUGAGGAAAGAGGUACCCCUUGCCGGUGUGCCUGCCCUGCCCUGCCCACCUGUCUGCCUGCGCACCCCUUCGUCUGUGUGUGGUGUAGGCGGCAAGCAUCAGACUAUCGACGAGAGCAUGGCGUCAAAGUUGGUGGAGCUGAUCGAUAUCGAGUACGUGCGCGGCUUCCCCCACCUGGUACUGCUCGGCCAGGAGGACCCUGAUGCUGCCAAACACGACCCACAGCCACGGCCCGCACUCGACGUCGACUGCCUCUACAACGACGAACGGGUCUUCACUUUCUGUGUCAAUAUCGGUCAGUGAGACAUGUGUGAGAGCUCUCACAGCCAUUCCUGUCUUUCUGGGUGUGUGAUUGGUUCAGGUGGGAUUCCUUGGCUCAGUUCUCUGCUGCAGUGCAAGCGGACUCGCCAUGGCAUGGUCAGUCAGUCAGUGUCCAUAUAUCUGCGCCCAUGGCAUGGCUCCAUAUGAAUGUGCCUCCAGGUGUUUUACCACCUGUGUCUCUACCUGCCGGUCACCGGCUGGUGCCGCUAUGCCUCCAUGGCCUCAAGACACCUGUGCAGAUACCUCGUAACAACCAACACAACACAGACACAGACACACGCACUAUUCAUAUCACUCUCUCACUCACCGCUCUGCCCGCUCGAUCGAUGGAUCAGGGUCUGAACAAGCCUUCGGAGUUCCAGCGGCUGGUGGACGAGUGGCGGCGCAACCCGUCCCUGCUGCAGCCGACGGCCGACGAGCAGAUCCACGUGCCCAUGUUCGUCCUGGGCGACCUCGUGGUGCCUCCCGCUGGUGCUACCGGUCUGGCGGGCGGGGGCGGUGGAAGCGUCUCGUCUUUCAGCCGGUCACCCACAGCAUACGCGCUGACUUCCAGUGGGCGACACAGCGUGGAGGAUGAGAACACGGCCAUGCUGCGCAAACUCCUCGCCGUGUUCGGACAGGUGUGUGUCACUCGAGCAUAUGUGAUAUGAGAGGAAAGCAUGUGUGUUGUGUGGUGUCGCUGGGCAGGUGUUCCACCAGGAGCUCGUCGGCCGGGACAUCCGGGAAGAGACACUGUAAGCGAAAUGAAACAAAUGCACUGAUUGAUGACUCUGACGGCAUCGCUGUGUGGGGCAUGCAGCGAUUCCCUUCCCGAUUGGCACUUUGAGGAGAUCAUCAUCAAAGGCAGACUCAACUCACAGGUGAGCAGAUGGCCACCACAGGCCACAUGUCACAUCGUCCUUAUGUCUGCAGGAUCGUCUUGGGUUUGUUGAGGAGCUCAACAGCUCGGCAGAGAAGAGCAAACUCAUCGAAGACAAGAAAGCAAGGUGUGCCAGUCACUCUCCCACCCCAUCCCUCCAAGCCGACUACGGAAGCACAUAGAGCACUGUUUGUGUCAUGUGUCUGCAGGAAGCAAAGAAGGAGCUUCCUCAAGGCCAAACAGAAGGGCAAAGAGGAACCGGUGAGAAUGAAAAGGAGCAUCUUGAUUUGUGCACAAGUGACUCACGCACGUGUGUGUGUGUCUUAGGAGGCGGCACUCCAGGCAGCAGCGGCAGCGGCAGCGGCCGCUGGCGGUGCUGAGGGCGAGGCCCCGCAGGCAGCGCCGCAAAUCACAGAAGGAGACAUCACAUUCCUACAAGUAACACACGCACAGACACACACACACGUGCCCGUGAUGUACAUCUGGUUUGUUCAGGCCGUUCUGCGGAUUGCACCCGACGGUUACGUAACGGUGUCAUGGGCGCCCGACAACCGUGCAGACACCGUCAUCAUCGAAGACACGGGGGACCAGACCGACAGCGGCGGAGAGGCAGCGGGAGCAGGAGACACAACGUGUAUGCAACACACACAAACCCACACAAAUCAGAAAAGUGUCGCCCAGAUGGCCGUCUGCGUUCUUGUCUGCAGUUCAGCGUCAGAGGACCGUUCGUGUGUCUUUGCCGGCGGCCGAGCAUGAUGCCUCAGCGGAUAGGAGUCAGGAGGGCGAGAGCUCGGGUGCCGAAGACGGGGGCGGCGCAUCCAGCAGCGGAUCGAGCGAUGAGAGGGAGGGGGGCGGGGAGGGUGAAGCAGAAGGGGAAGGGGAGGCGGACAUGUCGCUGACUGGACCGGAUGGUGUAGACAGUAGUACGUAGCCUUCUGUGUGCGUCGGGUCAGAGAGAGGUACAUGCGAUUCGUUCGUGGGGGAAGGGGCUUUC